AGAAAAUACGAGAGGUUGCUGGCGAAUGAAUAAUCGUUAGUAAAAAGUAACGAGCAGGAAAUAAAAAAUAAAUUUGAAAAAUUCCAUUAGAAAUGUCAAAUCCUUAUACAGAUACUUUGACAAUAAAUAGUAAUCAAAUGCAAGGUCGAUUAUCUGCUUGGCUAGCCAAGCAUAAGUUAGCUCAUAGACCUUUGGGUUUUGAUUACCAAGGCACAGAAACAUUACAGAUCAAAGUCGAGGAUUGGGUCUCUAUAGCCGUUGCUCUAUAUGUUUAUGGUUUUAAUUAUCUUCGUUCUCAGUGUGCUUAUGAUGUAGCACCAGGGGGUUCCUUAGCUAGUGUAUAUCAUCUUACGAAAAUAAACGAUAAUGCAGAUCAACCCGAAGAGGUGUGUAUAAAAGUAUUUGUCCCAAGGGAAGAUCCCAGAAUCCCGUCUGUUCUACGUAUUUGGAAAGGUGCUAAUUUCCAGGAACGGGAAUCUUAUGAUAUGUUGGGAAUAUUUUAUGAAAGUCAUCCAUGUCUAAAACGUAUAUUGAUGCCAGAAAGUUGGAUUGGGUGGCCUUUACGCAAAGACUAUAUUGCACCUGAUUUUUAUGAAAUACAAGAUUCUCAUUGAGUGCAAAAAAAAAAAAAAAAGAAUGAAA